UGUUUUAUUCAAAGCUCAACACUGUGGCUUUCAAAUAACUAUAAAAUUCAGAAAAAAGAAGCCAAUAUAAAGGUAAAAUAUUGUGGAAUGAAAAUUUUGCACAAUUUUUUUUAAUGAAAACAAAGAAGAACAAGAAAUAAACGUAAAAGUCACACAAAGUUGUAUAGUAAACGACGAAACAAGCAGAAAAAAAAGAAGUACCAAUGAGAAAAAAUCGUAUGUGUAGUAGUGUAAAAUAGUAAACUAGAGUAAAAAGAAUAGUAACAAAAGGAACGUAUGAAAAAUUUCGUUGUUUAAUGAAAUUUGCAAGAUAUGAAUGAAUUUUUGGUGUUAAAAACGAUUUGUGUUAAAAUUAAUUACAUGUUUAGAGGAGUUUACUUUAAGUGCAAGUGUGAUACAUAUUUUUGGGAAAGGAAACCGGUUCCGGCUUUCUUAUAAAAGGACAUACGAAAUUGUGGCAAGAAGUCUAAAAAAAGAAAACAACAACGGAAACAAUAUGUGUAAUGUAUAAAUAUUAAAAGAAAACAAAGUUGUUUUAAUAUUAAAGUUAUUGUCAUCAUGUUGGUUGCAACACCGGGACAGACAACAGCUUACAGUACAAUACACAAUAAUAAUAAUAAUAACAGCAGUAGUAGUAGUAAUGGUGGUGGUGGAAAUGGCACAGCUGCGGCUACGUCUUCAAACAAAAAGUCUACUACUACACUAAACUCCACAAAUGCAACGGCAUCUGGUACACCGAAAUCAUUAAACAACAAUAAUAACCACACGGUAUCAACGGUUGCCAAUAAAAAUUCUCUAAAUACCAAUACACACGGCCCAGUGUCAUACAAUUAUCACGCAAAUCCCAAAAAUGACAAUAGUGUGUCCAAUAAACAUAGUAACCAAACUAAAAUGACAGCAACAUCUUCCAGAGAAACAAUUUCAGCGAGCGUAACAACAGCAGCCAUAACUCAUUCCUUAAAAAACGAAAAUUCCACCAACAACACAACCGCAACCAACACCACCACGACCACAACCACUACCAAACAACAAAGUUUUAUACAAACUCUUAAAGAUUCUGUACAAAAAGCUUUAAUUUCAACAACCGGCAGUAGCACCACCACGCUUGCCCACAAACUUGCAACCGAUAAUAAAUUACCCAACAAUUGUAAUAAUUUAACAACGUCCAUACAAAAUGUCACCUCAUCAUCCUCAUCCACAUCACACAAUGCGAAUAAAGUCUCCACGACCACAUCGUCAACCAACUCGAGCCAUUCGACAGCCGCUACUCAGUCAUCUACGUCAUCGUCAGUGUCCUUGGUGCGCAGUAAAUAUUUUUCAUGUUCAUUGUCCAAACUACAUACGGUGGCGCCCACUAUCAUACAUCGUUAUCCGGAGGAGCGUCAACACGCCAGCAGUACAGAUAGUCUGCAGAAGGAAAUGUGCCAUUUUAAACCGAUACGUAUAGUACCCACAACACCAUGGAAAAGUGGCAGCAAAUCUCGUGGCAAUUCAUUGCGCUUUCCCAAAGCAAAUCUUGCCACCAAAAAAACAGAAUUUGUUUUAAAAUCCAACUGUGAUCUUAAUAAUAGAAAGAAGAAACAGCAGCAAAAUCGAACACAAACUGAUAAAAUUAAUGUGGAUGAAGAUAAUCAUCAUGAUGAUGAUGACGAUAAUAAUGAACAAGAAAAUAAAGAAUUUUAUGGAAUCUACAAACCAAAGCCAAGCUUAACUUGUUUAUCCACCUCCGUGACAACACCAAAUCAUCAAUCGGCGUUUGUGUGUUUAGUAGCCCAAAUGAAAAGUCUGGUAAAUCUACAGUCCAAAAAACAGCACAGCCCUGUCAAAGCAGCAGCUGCAGAGGGGGCCAUAAAUGAGCCCAUAAAAGAGCUGUAUGUGCGUAAAAAGCCUGCUGCUAAAAAGUCCUUGCAUUUAGAGGAGCCAAAGGAAUUGGCCAAGACGCGCACAACUCGUCUUUCCUCAAAUGCUGUUAAAAAUAAAAGUGUCUCAAAUACCACCACCAACACACUAAACCAUUCAAAAGAAAAUGUUAAACGAACAAAUGCCAAAUCAAAUAAUCUCUCCAAAUUAUCAACGGUGGCAAUAACAAAAGCCAAAUCUCGCAGAAAAUUAGGCCGUGCCAAAUCGAAAACCAUUAAUCUGGUUAACCUGGCUACCACAAGAGCCAAAGGAAAACUACAAACGAGUGUAUCUAUGCCGGCUGUAAUCAGUGAUGAGACCAAAAAUUCGGCAGCCACCACCAGCAAAAGAACACGUAAACGUAAAAAUGCACACGAAGAUGAAACAGAACCACCCACAAAAACCGUUUCCAUGAAGUCUCUUGCGCCGGCAGCACGUAAAAGUUCUAGACAGUCGAAGGAUAUGAGCAGCACUACAACUAAACAAAAUCCCCCACAAACUACCUUAAAAUCAUCUCAAAAAUCUACGCGCAAGAAUCCAGCAACGGUUGUAUGUUUUUCACCACCACUAACACGUUCUCGACUGAAGCAUUUAGCCGAACAGGGUAUGAUUAUUUCAAGUAAUACACCAACUUAUGUUAAAAAACGUAGAAAUUAAUUGUAAAAACUAAUAAUUCUUUGCUUUUUUCCCCCUCUCCUUACGAUUUUGUAAUCUGUGUCCAUCAUGUAUGCAUGUUUAUUUGUGGAUUAAACAAGAUCUCUAAAACAAAAUGAACACACUUUUAAAUGUGGUUGCUUAACGAAUUUCAAUUUCAAAUAACCUUUCUGUACUCGUUUAUCUAUCUCAUUCCCUAGUAUGUUUGUUAUAUUUUAAAUGUAAAAUUAUUUAAAAUGAAUUAUAUAUAAACAAAAC